CAUUUGAAUGAAGUGUGUUGAAACGAGUUGAGAAUGUUCUGGUCCACCGUCAUAAUUUUGGCAGCUUGGCUCAGCUGUGUCAAUGGUGAAUAUCAAUGGUUGCCCAUUAUAAACUAUUAGAAAUAUAUGCCAAUUCAAUUGGCAUUUGUAUAACAGGACAGGCUGUACCUGUACAAGUGAGUGACUAUGUGUUAAAUCAUCAACCUGGUUCUUCCACCUCACUCUGUAAUCCUUGGGCCUGCGCCAAAGGCUGUCACACGUCAUCCUGUCAGCCAUGUAUACCGAUGUGUAGCCCUUGUUCGAAUUGCCCCAGGGGAUCCACACCAACAGCGAAUGACAAGUCCAACUCUUUGACACCAGAUCAUAAUUUGAAGAAUCACUCUCAGUUAGAAAAUGGUGAAAAACUCUUUUCUGGAACCACUGAGACGAACGUGGAUAACACACCCAACUUCACUGAAGAUCAGACAAAUACUAAUCAUUCUCCCAUUAGUGACACUUCGACUCUCAGAAACGCAGAAUUGAGUGCAGAUAUCAACAUCAGCAACCAUUCGACCACCACAUCGACCACUACUAAUCAGCCUCUCACCACGAUGCAACCGGAAGACCCUAAUCCUCAACUUUUCGUCACCCUAAAACCGUCAGACGGUAACGGUACAUGGAAUAUGUCUCUAAAAGUACUUGCUUCCAUAAAUGGAGGAGAACCAGUAGAACUUAAACAUGAGACAGUGAUAAAUAUAUUACCCUGUAAUCAGUCGUACGUGAAGCCUCCAUGUUGCUGUGCACAGGGUUACCUAUUAAAUCCAAAUGCUUCGUGUGUCCUCCCAAAGCCAUGUUCUAAUUCAAAAAAUGCUGAUCAAAGACUCAGUACCCAGACUUUAGCAGUUACAACUGCUCCAUCGAAUGUGAAUACCAUAAUCAAUGAUUCUUCCAUGGAUCGACAUGGAAUUGAUUCAGGCAAUGACUCUGGAAGUAAAGCUUCCACAGAUGGAAAACCACUGUCGUACAAUAAUGUUGAUGAAAAUCCUAUCCAGGUUACGGACACCACGCCUGUUUUAAGUCAGAGUGAACCAUUUAAAAUGGACCUUAAUUUCCCUAAAAUUGUUAACGAAACCGACCGAAACGUCUCCCCCGGAAUUAAUCUAACUGUUGAGGCCAGCAGUACUGUGUCAUCUAUAAGUGACACCCAAGCCUCUUCUACUAACACUAAUCUCGCCAGUAGCAAACUUCCAGUAACUGCGUCUUCCGUGGACGAUAAAAUAAAUGAUAUAAGGACUGAAGCACCAGCGGUCACGGACAACCAAAUUGAGUCCCCCGGAAAUGGAAAAUCAAUGCUUGAUAACAAUACUGACGCAAAUUUUAUCCCGGUUAACGCAACCACGACUUCUACGGGUCCAGAUAAUGCGCCUGAUUUCAAAGCCGAUGGAACCGUUGACAAGAGCUACCAGAAUAAAAUUUCCGACAGUCUGCCCCACACAUCUAAUAUUGAAAGGAAUUACACGUCUCAGGAAGCCAAAACUAUGACAUCUUCAGGUGACAUCCAAGAGCAAACUACUCACAUUAACACGGCCACUAGUGCAGCCGUUCCAAUAUCUAAUGUGUCUCCAGAUGAAAACGGAAAGAACGAUAUGGAAACACAUGCAUCCACUCACGAAAACCCCACAAAUAAGUUCUCUGGAGAUGGAAAUGAAGGGUUGCUGAACGAAACUUAUAAAACCUCGACUCAAAAAGAUACGUCCGGAUCGUCCAGCCCUCAAAAUAUGACGCCUAUUUCUACAAACAAUAAAACCAUUGUUCAGCACAAUGAUACCAACAUUUCCGGAAUAGGGAGUGAAAUACCACCUGUGAGUGCCACUGAAAGCCCUAUGAAGAUGAGCACCACUUCAUCUUCUGUGAGUGAAACUAAAACAUUACCCAUACAAACUACUGAAAGCUCUCGUACAGUCUCUCCAAUAACGUCUUCAGGGAAUAAAUCUGUAACAACUGAGGUACCUUCUAUCAACCGAACCAUUAAUGACUCUUCCAAGGACGAACGUCAAACGUCCCUUGAUGCUGCAAAUAAAUCUCCUGCUCAAGUAAAUACACCUGCACCUUCCGGCUCUAAGAAUAUCACAGAUACUUCGACAAACAAUAAAACCAUUGUUCAGCAUAAUGAAACCAACGUUUCUGGAACUGGAAGUGAAAUGUCAGCUGCGCAAAGCAGCCAAAGUCCUAUGGAGAUAGCCAGUAUUGUAUCUUCUGUGAGUGAAGCUCCAACGUCAUCCACUCAAACUAAUAACUUUGUUCAUACGGCCGCUUCAAUAACGUCUCCAGGAAAUAAACCUGUAACGACUGAGGCACCUCCUAUUAACCGAACCAUGAAUGAUUCUUCCAAGGAUGGAAAUCAAGAGUCCCUUGAUGCUGCAAAGAAAACUCCAGCUCAAAUAGAUACAUCCGUAUCUUCUAUCCCUCAGAAUACCACGUAUACUUCGACAAACAAUAAAACCAUUGUUCAGCACAAUGAAACCAACAUUUCUGGAACUGGGAGUGAAAUACCACCUGUGCAGACCAGUGAAAGCUCUGUGAAAGUGAGCACUACUUCAUCUUCUGUGAAUGAAACUCAAGCAUUACCCAUACAAACUAAUGAAAGCACUCAAACAGCCUCUCUAAUAACGUCUCCAGGAAAUCAACCUGUAACGACUGAGGUACCUUCUAUCAACCGAACCAUUAAUGACUCUUCCAAGGAUGAACAUCAAGCGUCCCUUGAUGCUGCAAAUAAUACUCCCAAUCAAAUAGCUACACCCGCACCUUCCGGCUCUCAGAAUACCACAUAUACUUCUACAAACAAUAAAACCACUGUUCAGCAUAAUGAAACCAAAAUUUCUGGAACUGGAACUGAAAUACCACCUGUGCAGACCACUGAAAGUCCCAUGAAAGUGAACACUACUUCAUCUUCUGUGGGCGAAACUCAAAUAUUACCCGUACAAACUACUGAAAGCUCUCGUACAGUCUCUCCAAUAACGUCUUCAGAAAAUAAACCUGUAACAACUGCGGCACCUCCUAUUAACCGAACCAUGAAUGAUUCUUCCAAGGAUGUAAAUCAAGAGUCCCUUGAUGCUGCAAAGAAAACUCCUGCUCAAAUAGAUACAUCCGCAUCGUCUAUCCCUCAGAAUACCACGUAUACUUCGACAAACAAUAAAACCAUUGUUCAGCACAAUGAAACCAACAUUUCUAGAACUGGGAGUGAAAUACCACCUGUGCAGACCACUGAAAGUUCCAUGAAAGUGAACACUACUUCAUCUUCUGUGAGCGAAACUCAAACAUUACCCGUACAAACUACUGAAAGCUCUCGUACAGUCUCUCCCAUAACGUCUUCAGAAAAUAAACCUGUAACAACUGCGGUACCUCCUAUUAACCGAACCAUGAAUGAUUCUUCCAAGGAUGGAAAUCAAGAGUCCCUUGAUGCUGCAAAGAAAACUCCUGCUCAAAUAGAUACAUCCGUAUCUUCUAUCCCUCAGAAUACCACGUAUACUUCGACAAACAAUAAAACCAUUGUUCAGCACAAUGAAACCAACAUUUCUAGAACUGGGAGUGAAAUACCAGCUGUGCAGACCACUGAAAGUUCCAUGAAGGUGAACACUACUUCAUCUUCAAGUGGUGAAACGCCAACGUCGACCAUUCAAACUAAUGACAUCGUUCAUACGGUCUCUCCAAUAACAUCUUCAGGGAACAAACCUGUAACGACUGAGAUACUUUCUAUUGACAAACACAUCAAUGACUCCACCAAGGAUGGAAAUGAAGUGUUGUUCAAUACAAAUAAAACUCCUGUUCAACUAGAUACACCCGCAUCUUCUAUCCCCCAGAAUAUCACGAAUUUUUCGCUAAACAGUACGACUAUUGCCGAACACAAUGAAACCAAAAUUUAUCGAAAUGGAAGUGAAAUCUCAACUGUGCAAACCACUGAAAGCUCUGUAGAAGUGAGCAGUACGGUAUUUCCUGUGACUGAAGCUCAAUCGGUACUCUUCAAAACUAACGCUCACAUCGAUAAAAAUAUAUCGAUUCGUACGGAACCAGAGGAACCUAUUUUCAAUAACUCCAUGAGUGAGCUGCAUAACAGUGCUAUGAGCGAGAUCCAAACGUCAUCAAUGAAUAAGACCAUAAAAGCUACUGCGCCAGCUCCAGCGCCCACCAUCGGGAAUUUGCCAGGCAAAUUGUCUGAGGAUGAUGAGCAGGAUAUCGAUCCACAAAAUUUGUUCCUAGAAGAGUUGCAACCGAAUGCUCAGCCCCAGAAACGUAACAUCUUUCAGUUUAGUAAAUUUUACUUAAAUCAAUUAAAGAAGUUCGUUGAAGGGGACGAGGAUUCACCCUUCAUUUGAAUUUUCACUCGAAUGCCGUUCUCAUUAUUUUAAUCAUUUGUAUUUAUAAAUUCUAUAUCCACUACACCCUAUUUAUUAUUCGGUAUACCUAGAGAACUAUUCAGUAAAAACAACGUGAAGCUUCCAUAAUUUUCACGUGAGAACAAAGGUCCAAUAAAAAUUGUGAAGGGUCUGAUAAAAAGUAUGAAAUGUUCCCUAAAAAUUACGCCUUUCACUAUGUACUAUUUACGGAGCGUUUCGUAUUUUUUAUCGGACCCUUCAUAAUUUUUAUCGGACCAUUGUUUUUUCUCACGAAUUACGAAACUGUCGAGUAUUUUUUAUUGAACUAUUUCUCUCCGUAUAAUCAAGUCAUUAACGUGUUGUAAAAUCAUAUAUAAUUCAUAAACAUCAUGUCUUGUAGAAGAACCAAAUAAAAAAAAUACAACUUCUUUUUCGUAUCAAUUACGCAAUGAAGUCAUCACCAUAAUCAAUACAAUUGUCAACUGAAGUAGAUAUCUCUGUUUCAUGUGAAAAUUGUUGAAUAGACGAAAUCAAUAUUCAAUAAAUUCAAUCGUGUUUCCCAUGCUACCCGAUAUUACUUGUAAAAUUAUUUAAAUUAAUCAGAUCCCUAAAGACAACAAAGUAAAAAAAUAUUUCAUCUCAGAAAAGUCGAUUACAAAUAACACUAAUGUUCUUCAACCAUCAAGUUUAUCAAUAAAAUUGCCGGCAAUCCGACUAAAACGUACACAUAGAUUACUUAAUCUGACAAAAGAUUGCUUUCACUGUAGUAGGCUCACUAUUUUUUCAUUUUCGUGAGGUUGGCCGAUACAAUCAUUGUUGAAUAUUCAUUCCAGAAUGAAUGAGAGGAUAUUGUUAGUUGAAAUAACACGUAUCAGGUGAUAUCGCAAGCGAAUGUGCAUUGCUAUUCGAAGUCACGUUCUAGCUUCAAUUUGAUUCAUCUUUCUGAUAAUAUAAAAGGUGAAACAAUUUCAGCACUCAUUCGAGUCGAGUUCGUUAAAACAAGUUCAUUAUGGUACGAUUAAGUUUCAUACUCUUACUGAUCUGCAUUAAGUGUAUUAAUGGACAAUUUCAGUUAUUAACCGGAUGGAGUGGCUAUCGAUUCUACACAAGAUUCUGUCAGCCUAAUCCUGUCUAUGAUCAUUGGGCCUGUCCUCAGUUAGUCCGAAUCGAUUUGCCCUGUCAUCGGCCAUGCAUAAAGGAUCGCCUUCCCCUUCCCAAUAUUGUGAAGCUCAUUCUGAGACCUAGGGAAACACAUGGGGAUGGUAACACAGUUAAGCCUUCAAUGGAUACACAGACAGCAGAAGCUCUUCAUCAACAUGUGAAAAAUAUCGAGGAGCCAAUUGUUACGACAGCUGAAUUGAAUACCAAUAGUGAUAUAACUACUUUUACCGAAACGAUGCGGACAGUGCCAACUACUUAUAAUAGUACGGAACAGAUCAUCGCCCCAACUGCUGAACUGACAGCAAAGGCCGAAACCUUGAACUCCUCCAACCAAGAACAUACGUCUACAUAUCAAUCACCUGUCAGUGACAAACUGCCCGUUAAUAAAAGCAAAGAGGAUACAAUUUCCGAAAUAAUGUCUGUUUCCAACGAGGAACCUGAGGUGCAGGUCCAUAUUGACAAAUUAAUUGUCAUACCCGGGUCACGUAAACGAGUAAACGGAAUGCAAUAUGAUUAUCGUAAUCAUCUCGAUACGAAGAAAAGUCCUGACCAAACUAGUCGGGUAAAUAUUGUUAUCCAUUAUCACAAUACGGGCAACCGCAAUUAUGAAAAUAUUGAACUCGAGAAAAGUAGUGCUGAUGCAACUGGAGGAAUGUCGUCUAAUGCUGGAAAUAACGAUAAAAAUAGCAGUUCGAUCAAUCCAAAUGGAACAUAAUUAUUUCAUGAUGGGGCAAGAACAUAAUCAUGAGAAGUACAAUAUCCUGAAAGACGAUCUUAUUUUUUUCAAGCGGAUGGUCAUAAUACCCGUACGGGGAUUAUUUAUUUGCAUACGUGUGCAAAUGAAAUAAAUGGAGUUACCCAGUACUAAACAGCUGACAGAAAAUCAUGAAUAUUUCGCAAUGCGAACUUAUUUACCGCAAGUUAUUAGACAUAAUUUUUAUAUUUCAAAUAAAAAUAGUUCUUCGAAUGGGUAGAAGCAGUAUUCUGUGAACGCAUACUAGACGACACCUUUUUUUAAUUUAAUAAAGAAUUAGUAAAGAAUUAAACAAAUGUCGUACUUUCACUCAGUGGGUAAGUUUUUCAAAACGUCUGUCGGCCACCGGUAUUGAUUAUUCAGUGACUAUUCGCAGUAUCGGCUGGUGGUACAAUAUACCAUCAGCCCGUAUCGUUAUUUCGUUAGCAGUUGGUACAUAAACUGUUUGUCCAUAAUACAGAAAUCCUUAUUACCAGAAUCAAUCAUAGAAGGAAUUCAUGACUUGGUCUGCCCUGAACCCGUCAAUAAAAUGUUGUUAUUCAAAUUUAUAAAAAACCCUUCACUUUAUUUAUUUUUUCAGUUUCGUUUGCACUUCCAUUUGUAUUUUAUUAUGUUCUAAAAAUACUGAGCGUGCCUACCAGUAAUAAUUUAUAAGUGAUUCUGAUGAACAUAAUUUUAAUUGAGGGGAGUCGUUUGUAAUUUCAUAGAAGCUUUGCAAUCUAUUUUGGGGAUUAAAUUACUGGACGGUUAGGGGAAAUUCAAAAUUUGAGGUAGGAUACAAAAUGAAAGCAUCACCUUACUGGUAAUAUGAAGGCUUUCGUAUUCCUAAGAAUGUUGUAAUGAGCUGAAGCAAAUGAUUUGAUAUCAAGAUAAUGAAAGAAAAAAUUUAAAAUAUCUGGAUACAGCCGAACAUCUGAAGGCAUGACCUGUGCGUUUCUUAUUUAUUCCACGUUUAGUACGAGAAAACUAAUCGAUGGCUCAAUUAUACUAACAUAAUAUUAUCGAACUAAUGAGUCUAGUUUUCACUUCGUUACUACUACAAAAGAUUGAUUAGAAGUUGAAAUCCAGAUAUCAACUUGUGUCUAGGAACCGACUUGUGGACCUCUAUAUUUUUGUAUGAAAUUAGUAAAAUUUAUUGCUAAAUUGCAACAACAUUAUAUAGUACAAUAUGCUCCUUUGUUUUUCUGUUCCAAACAAACAACGAAAAAUCAGUUUUGUUGUUGAAAAAAAUAUUGCAUUUACAAAUACCACAACUAUCUUUAACCUCCUCAAAUUAUUCAGGAACGCACGUACCAAUUAUGCAUAAACGAAGAUAUGGAAAAUUUUUCAAACAAUCGAUAAAAUAAUUUUAAUUAUACCAAAUUGUCGACUGACAUGAAAAUAAUUUUAUAACUAAGGAAUUGUGAAGAAUAAAUAUUUUCAUCUUCACGAAUAUUCCUUGAAACUGGAUGAAAUUAAAAAUUCUCUUAGGACUGUCUCCCUGCAAAAAAUAUUUGUACCCUUCCAACAUUCUUGUAAUUCUGUUUGUCAUAAAACUCAAUUCACUCCCCAAAAAGGGUGUGAUGAUAAUUUUGAUAUAUUUCUUAGAUUCAGAGCUAUUUGUCAGAAACUGGUCAAUAGUCAAAAGCAACCCAAUUCAUUUUAUCACUUGAUUAAUGAAUUUUAUUGUACAAACAAUUAGUUUCUUUAUUGGAUGGAAGUAUUGAAUCUAUCAGUGUAUUCAUCAAUGUCCUUACUCCAGUUAUCGUUUUCAUCCCUCGCUAAUCCACAAUUAAGAUGAUAUUUUGUGUAAAUAUAUGGAAAAUCUUUGUCCAACGAAAAGAAAAAAUUUGGUACGUGAAUAUAGGCUUAAAACUUUGAUAACUAAUGCGUGAAAAUGAUAAAUUAUUCAGAAUGCUUGGAAGCUGUCACGUAUCCUUCAAUAUCGUACUCUUGUUUGUCGAAGUAAAAGCAGACUAAUCAAUAAAAAUCGGAGCACGCAAUGCAAGAUAUCGUUUGCGUAUUCCUACGAAAACUCACGUUUCAGCUAGAGAUUAAUUCAUCUUCAGUAAUAUAAAAGGAGAGGCAAAAUUUUCAUCAUCAGUAUUCGGGUUAAGUAUCGCUGAAAAUGUUCAACAUGGUCCGACUUAGCUUCGUUAUUGUCCUCGCCUGCUUCAUCUCUGUCAAUGCACGAGCCCGUGGAAAGAGAGAGGCGAAUACACAGGCCGCAGCCAAUCAAUCAAAUUGUUGUGUGCCAUACGUGCCCAUUUGCGUGCCCUGUUACGCUCAACAAUGCUGUCCAGAAACUACAACAACGACUCAACCGCCUCCACCGCCUCCACCGCCUACGACGACGCCUAAGGUACUCGUUGCGGUGGCUGAUCUAGAUUAUCAUUUCGGUAACGGCCAGUCAAUACCCAAGGAAUACAUCCGAGAACAACUCAAUAAGCAAGGUUACAACAUCCCUUCAACGGCCGGUUUGCCUGAAUUCUUCAAGUCACACCCGAAACACCCUAUACCAUUCAAUAAUACGCAAAUCAUUAUCGACCAAGAUGGCCUCUAAUGAAGAAGCCGCUGGGAACUCGAUAGCUCAGUUGCGAGACCACCCGAUGAAUAAUCGAAAGAUCCCGAUCUGGACUAUCCAUUUUUGUCAGUAAAAUUUUAAUGUAAAAUUAUAUCGAGAAUAAUCCUGAUUCUCUUCCUAUCUAAUCCAAAAUACUAUCCCAAAAUUUCCUGUGACGUCACGCUAUGUGAAGCGCUCUGUGACCACCGGAACUCAAUUGUAUCAAAUUUUCCAAAAAGUACCCAACGAUAUAACAUUGUUGAUGCGAGGAAAUGAUUCAAUUGAAGCCAAUCAACUGUAUUCACGUGACAUCAAUUUUAUUGGAAAUAAACAAAGAAAUCUA